UGGUUGUGUCCGCGACGACCGCGCGCGCUCCGUUCACUCAUUUGCGUAUAAUCGGUGUGUUUUCACCGAGCGACGCGACACGCUCCGACACUCACGCAUGCUCGCGGCUCGCUGCUCUAGAGAUGAGACACGGGACGCACGAAGACACGAGCACAAGAUCACACGGGCACACGACAAACAAACUUGAACUCAGGUGACUGCGUCAGGCUAUCAUGUAAAUGGAAUCAAGCGCAAAAUCCGACACGCUUCCGAGAGUGAACGAGAGCCGCGAGACGAGACGAGGCUGCCGUGUACACACUCGUCCUUGCGCGGACUCGUGGUGUCUCGACGAGCCUGUACAGCCGGCGUCAGUCUUUGUCGAACGCCUGUGCAAUGUUUCGACAUGUUCUUCGGAACAGAGCUAUCGUGUAGGGUGCUUAGGAUCAGUUAGCCCCAACGAGAAUGUGCCCUGUAAGGCGGUGUCCAAGCGGAUCUACGGAAGAAUUUCGAUUCUCUGUGUUUGUACUAUAUACUUCAUGGGGAAUGCUCUAAAGAAUUCUUUGAGAUGAUCCCAUCAUCUCGUUUUAGUAAUGUAGUUAUAUCAAGGGGAAGAAGAAGGAGAUAGCUCUUUCUUCAAACAUGGUUACCGAAGAGUACUCAGCGGCUUGGCUGCGUCCCUGAAAUCGGUAGCGACCAUGAGCUGUGGUUACCACUCACCAUCAAAUGGACCGUAUGCUGGUCUACCACAAAAUAUUCAAGUAACGUUUUUCAUAUUUAAUCUCUUCAGGAAUGAUUUUUUUAAAGAACAAAAACAUGUAUUUAAUUUAUUCUUUAUUACGAUUUGUUCUUUUAAUUUUGAUAUCAACCCAAUUAGCAAAAAAAUAUAAUAAUAUUAAUUGUGAAUAUUUAUUAAAAAAAAACGUUCAUAUAACGUGGGCAUGUAGCGUAUAAUUUUUAAAUAACUAAGAAAAAAAAACAUACAGAUAUGUGUCAAUGCUCCUGAAUAGGUUCCUGAGAGGAAAGCAAAUAAUAGAUUGACUUCACUUAGUGUGAUCAUCGACAGCCACAAAGAAGUGUCCCAUCCCUAGUGUCACAUACCGACAAUCUCAAAGGAAACGGCGCGGCGGCGCAACAUGCUACAUUGCAUAUCGUCUCGCGGACGAGCUGGACAAACAAACAAGCAACAUUCGACGACGGACAGUGAUGCGAAGAUGUCGAGCGAAGGAUCGGUGAUGUCGGGCGGGUCCCGCCUGCGGGAGCUCGGCCUCUACCGGACCAUCGACGCCCGCACCGAGGAGUUCCUGCGGCUGUCCAAGCGCCGCCAGCUGCGCCAGGGCUGCGCGUGUGCGGCGCUCUCGGCCGCCGUCACCGUCACCCUCGUCGUUGUUACAAUACUAAUUUAUGAACAUAUAAUUGCUGUAGAAUGGACUACAAUACAAAAUCCAAAAACUGAGGACAUAAAAUACAUGGCCUCCGAGCACCCCAUGGCCGACAGACUCGACCGAAGCUACUUCGGAUUUGAUCAAGACUAUUACGAACGAAUGCCGCUACUAGUCAACGCCCUCCAAGAAAACAGUUAUAUCGACCCUGCCAUUGAAUUUAUUCCGGCGUCAAAAACAGCUAACCAGAUCCACGGAAACGUCAGGCCACCGACCUCCACUGUGGGCAAUUACAGGCAGAACGCCUUUAGAAGAACCAGUCCCAGACCUUUUUUAUUUGAAUACAGAACCUCGACUCCUCUCCCAUACAGCAAGACGUAUGGCUCCAGGAGUUGGGUAGAAAAAUAUCGCAAUGCACAAAGAUUGCAAAACAUCAGACAAAUUAUAAAGUACUUGGAAAAAACUAUUAAUGCUAGGUCUGGGGAUAUGUACUCGUACACGAAGCCGGGCGGCGCGCCGGUCGCGUUCACCGGUGUGUACAUGGAGCACAGCUUGGAUAAUCAAAAUUCUCAUAGAAGCAAAGACUUAAUCACACAAGAUUCGACGAUGGUUGAAAUAAAAAAAUCCAAUCACCAACCUGAUCCUUUGUUCAAUUUCAAACCGGAAAAUCCCGGAGAAGUCAAUCUUCUAGCUGACGCUUUCUUUAGGUUUUCUCCGUGGCAAUUCCAAAAAUCCGUAGAAACUUCUAAUAAAACUCCGAUUGUUAGAAAAAGUUUCAACAGCAAAAGAUAUUACAAUACCAAAAUUCAAAACCACAACACAACACGAGGUGACAACGCAUCAUCUACUGCCGCCGACUCAUUCAGUGUUAUACUUAAUUUGUUUCCGCUCAGCGCAAAGACAAAGGGAGACGUGCGUGCUGAAGACGCUACAGCUAAACAACUUUCUAACUUAGACACUCUUUACAUCACUACAUCACGGCCCAUUUUUCAGUUCAAGAGGAAGCCGACUAUCUCUGUUCCGCGCACUUUUGUCCGAAGGAAACCGCGGGUUUUAUACAAGCACAAAGACAUUUAUUCAACUAAUAAAAUAGCAUCUAUGCAAAGCAGGGACGCAAACAAAACCCAACUAGUAGCAGAUGUCGAUCCAAGUGUCAGCAUCGGCACAAAUAUUAUACUUCACGUAAACGUGCAUCCCAAAGAUACACAAAUGAAAAACACACUGCUAAAAGAUUUCAAUAUUGAUCCUGCAACACAAGAUAUGACCCAGCCAACGCCCACGACGACGGCAGCUCCAACAACCAUCACCUUGUCGACCCAUCAAGUCAAUGACUUCCACAUAGGUAGUUCCGGAAUAGUUCCAGAAGCCGAGAGAAGAGCGACAACACUGCCGGGGCCAAAAGUUACUGAAUUGAAUAUUAUGCCGUCCUUGGAUACGAGUGAGACUCAACGAGACCAGUCCACAGUGACACCCUGGACCGGACCUACAGAAGUGCUCAGAUUCAGUCAUGAAGACGCAAAGGUACCUGAGCAAUACAGUAUUCAAUUACAAAAAUAUAAAAUCGAGGAGGCUGCUGCCGCAAAUACCAGAAAGGUUUUUCGCGGGCAAAGUCAGCCUUCCGACGAAGAGAAGGAAAUUAUUAUCAUCAAACUAAAAAAUGAAAAUAUCACGGAGGUUACGACGGAUCCGUCCACAACAGAUGUUGGGGAGAGCACGCCGCGCUGGACGUACGUGCCGCUGUUGAACGGACAUUACAGGAGCACGAAGCAGAGCGCGAGCGGCCCCUCCCUGCGGACGCGCUCCCGGGACGACCAGAGCACCAGGCAACGACCGCCCGGAUAUGUGCCCGUGUAUGUUGAAAUCAAUCGUAACAAGACUACCGCGAUCCACACAAUCUCCAAUGAUGAUGAGUGAUACCCCCAGCCUCUCUUCAGUGCUUAGUACUGUCCCACCGACUGUGCUCUCUCGUCUAUUUACUUUGUUAGAUGCGCCUUAUUUUCAGUGUUCAUAGAAAAUGUGUAUUAUAUACCAGGGCUACGCAAUAUAUUAUUUAGGGGGCACUUAGUAAAUAAAAUAUCUUUUUUAUUUUAUUUCAAAUACUUAUGUGGCACCCGGUGCGUUUAGAUCAUGGUUGAUUAAUGAUGAAUCAUGUGUACAUUUUAAUAUACUAUUAAGUAAUUUAAUUAAAAUGUUAUUUGUC